CCUUCAACCGACCUUUCUCAGCAAUUUCUUAGUGUCUCCAUCUACUCUUAUCAUGGUUCUAAGGAUCGGAUAUGUCCGAGAACACUUCUGUUCUCCCCUCCUCCAAUUCGAAGCAGAAGACAAAGGCUCAACGUUCACUCUCGUCGAGUGCCCCAGUGGCACAGGCCAGCUGAUCUCUCGGCUCACGAACGAUGAGAUAGAUAUCGCAAUAGCGCUCACAGAUCCUUUGAUUGCAGGGAUCGCAAACGGCUCAGAGGCGUACAAGCUCGUAGGGAGCUACGUCACAUCGCCGCUCCGCUGGGCGGUCAUCACAGGCCACAAACCCUCAGCAUACAACCAGCUCUCCGACCUCCAAGGCAGCACGCUCGGUAUUUCAAGAAAUGGCAGCGGGAGUCAGACGAUGGCGUACGUCAUGGCGCUGCAGCAGGGCUGGUCUACGAAUGAGCUCAAAUUCCAAGUCAAUAACGACAUCCGCGGGCUCAUCGAUUCCGUAAACGACGGUUCGACGAGCGCAUUCAUGUGGGAAUGGUUCACGACGAAGCCUUUUGCAGAUGGUGGAGAGUGCCGUUUCAUCGGCCAAGUCCCAACGCCAUGGCCUUCCUGGCUCAUCGCAGCGCACCCGACGCGCGCAGCGCCAGCGGCCGUACGCACGUUCCUCGACAGGCUCUCGUACCACGUCCGUGCAUUCGCUUCUGCGAAGGCACGUGCAGGACCGAGCGUGAAAUUUGUGAUGGAGACGUUUGGGUAUCCUGAAGCGGACGUUAAGGAGUGGCUCGAGGCUGUGGAGUACCCUGAGGAUUGCGCUAAGAUACCAUGGAAAGUUAUCACGGACACGUUGGGCGUCCUCCAGCAAGCUGGCGUGGUGGCCCCACCUGAAGGGGACGUCAAGCGGGAGCAAUUCCUGGAUCUGGAUGUCGUGACGCUGGUUUGAUUCAUUAAUCAUAAUUAAAUAUCGUUAUUCGUCAAAUCAUAUCCUGUAUGUGGAGAGAAAAUCCCACCAUGAUUGCAAUGCCUUAUCGUUGAGUAGUUUCGGAUGGGCGAGUAGGUUACAACACAGGAGUAGCAGCAGGCGCAGUCGUCGUUUAGUAGGACCGCACCUAUGGUUGCGGCACUUGCUGGCCCAGGACGUAACCGUAGGACAACUUGCCGAAGCAGCACUUGGCGCACGAGUUAGUGUAUAUGUAAUAGCUUUUUCUCCCAAUCAGUGCUCAGUACCGGCCAGUACUGCUAUCGCG